CGCCGUCACCGAUCUGAAAAGGAGGUGAACGCGCGCGAGAGAGUACCAUUGGGCAAGGAAUUGGGGCAGGAGCCAAUGGUAAGGAGCGCGAGGUGGAGCGAUAGGUUUUAAAUAGGUGUGCAGGAUUCGUGCGUGGAUACGAGAGGAAAAGUUGACGGUGACCGAUAUCGUGGAGGCACUGGCGCUGGGAUUAAAAUUCGGGUGAUAAGAGUGUGGGGGCCCAUUGUGCGGCGGGUAGUAGCACAACCUGCCCGGAGACGACAGUAUACUAUCCGUUCAUUGUGGUGGUAGUUUCCUACCCGAGGGAUACACACGGACCGCGGUGUGAAACGUACCGAGAGGAGUGACGGUCCUGCUGAUAGAGCGGCGAGCACAAAGUACGUCUCAGUCGACGCUGAGCCAGCAGUGCGCUCAGCAGAUCCGCUCGAGGCGGUAGAGAGAGUCCUGAGAGAGUCGUCUACGAUCUCGUUUAACCGUUCUCUCUUUUCUCGAAUUCGGUACCCUCGGUUAAAGGGCGGCCAUGAGGUUCUACGGCUACCGGGCACUCGUCGUGCUCGCGACAGUGCUUGCCCACAUGACCGGCACGUUCGCCGGACACGACAAACGUCAAGCAGCCAGUGCCAGGAGCGCAGAUCAAGUAGCAGCAGCUCAAUCAUCAUCGGCCACCUUUUGGAAUCCCUCUACCAGUAUCUUCUCUCAGGACGAUAGCGCAACUUUCUUCCCUACGGCCCAUGGCCUGGUGCAGACUCACCCGAGCAGUAGUAGUGUAUUCCGAAGCGGUUUUGGCGGAAUUGACAACCUUGGUAGUCGAGGAGUGACGAUGAGGCCGCCAAGAACGCGACCUCUUGAUUAUACUGAACGUGCUACCGCUGAAUUGCGGCGAAAUCCUUCGCUCUCAGCGCCCGAGGAGUGUGCUCGCGCCUGCCGUGAGGGCGAACCUCCGAGAAUAUGUUAUUAUCACUUUACACUUGAACAUUACACCGUACUCGGCGCAGCGUGCCAAGUAUGCACACCGAACGCUACCAACGCCAUAUGGAGCGAGUGUCAAUGUGUUUUGGCGGACGGAGUGGAACGAGGUAUCCUGACUGCGAACAGAAUGAUCCCCGGCCCGAGCAUUCAAGUUUGUCAGGGCGACAAAGUCGUGGUUGACGUAGAAAAUAAUAUUCAAGGAUCGGAAGUCACGAUUCACUGGCACGGCGUGUGGCAGAGAGGAAGUCAGUAUUACGAUGGUGUACCUUACGUAACGCAGUGUCCGAUUCAGCAGGGUAAUACAUUCAGGUACCAAUGGGUAGCCGGAAAUGAGGGUACACAUUUCUGGCAUGCUCAUACUGGCAUGCAAAAGAUAGAUGGUCUCUAUGGAAGCAUAGUAAUCCGACAGCCACCGAGUAAAGAUCCCAAUAGCAAUCUGUACGAUUACGACUUAACCACGCACGUGAUGCUCAUCAGUGACUGGUUCCACGAGUUUGCUGAAGAACGUUUCCCCGGCCGUCUUGCAGUCAACACCGGUCAAGCACCAGAAAGCGUGCUGAUCAACGGGAAAGGUCAAUUCAGGGAUCCUAAUACUGGUUUUAUGACAAAUACACCUCUCGAAGUGUUCACGAUAACUCCAGGCCGUCGUUACCGAUUCCGAUUGAUUAAUUCCUACGGAUCUGUAUGCCCCUCCCAAAUUACGGUCGAGGGUCACACUCUCACUCUUAUCGCCACCGAUGGUGUAGCAGUACAGCCAGUACAAGUCAACACUAUAAUUUCAUUCUCAGGUGAACGUUACGAUUUCGUUAUAAAUGCCGAUCAACCUAUCGGCGCUUAUUGGAUUCAGCUUCGUUCUCUCGGAGAAUGCGGAAUUCCGCGAGCGCAGCAGCUGGCUAUUCUGCGAUAUGCUCGAGGUCCUUACCAACCAUCUACUGCACCGCCUACAUACGACUUUGGUCUUCCUCAGGGAGUUGUUCUAAAUCCUCUGGAUGCCAUUUGCAACCGACGACGCGAAGAUGCAAUUUGCGUGAGCCAACUAAAGAAUGCCGCCCACAUCGAUAAGGGUCUUCUACAGCAACGCCCUGACGUGAAGAUCUUCCUGCCAUUCCGCUUCCUGUUCUACAGACCAGAAGAGGUCUUCCAGCCACAGACCUACAAUCGCUUCCUCGUUGCACCGACCGGCGACCACGUGAUUUCUCUCGUGGACGAGAUCUCGUUCACAUUCCCGCCGGCGCCUCCGCUCUCACAGAUCAAUGACAUCCCACCUGAACAAUUCUGUAAUGGUGAUAAUAGGCCGGCUGAUUGCGGCGCCAACUGUAUGUGCACGCAUAUGGUCGACAUUCCAUAUAACGCAGUAGUUGAGGUGGUUCUCGUAGAUGAAGUACAACAGCCCAACUUAUCGCAUCCCUUCCACUUGCACGGAUAUGCGUUCAAUGUGAUCGGUAUUGGCCGUUCUCCCGAUAGAAAUGUGAAGAAAAUUAAUUUGAAGCACGCCCUCGAUCUCGAUAAGAGAGGUCUCUUGCAUAGAGAAUUCAACCUGCCUCCUGGUAAGGACACCAUCGCAGUUCCCAACAACGGUUACGUCAUCUUCCGCUUCCGCGCGGACAAUCCGGGAUAUUGGCUGUUCCAUUGUCACUUCUUGUUCCACAUAUUGAUCGGCAUGAAUCUGGUUCUGCACGUGGGGACGCAAGGGGAUCUGCCGCCGAUACCACCGAAUUUCCCGACCUGCGGUGACCAUUUGCCACCCAUUACGCCACCAUUGUCGCUGAAUGUGUUGGACGCGUUCCAUUGAUACGUGCACGACGAGCUUAGAAACUGAGAGAUGGAGAGACGCUCCAAAGUCCAUACUUGUAGCAUAUUCCUGUAAAGUAGCGAGCCUAUAAUAUCGAUUUUUUUUUUUUUUUUCAAAUAUGCAACCUCGUCGGCCGUUCUCGAGAACGUGCUCUUGGCUCGAGAACAGCGAUCGAUCGGGCGAGGAAUCCGACGGAUGUCGACCCGCUACCUCGCGAGAGUGGCUAAGAGCAAAAAAGACGGUGAGGAAAGUCAGAUGUUGAAGAGAUGUUCGCGAGGCAACGGGUUAACAAAGGCGAUCGACGCUCUGCUGGACGUUGCGAAAAACGAUGAACGUUCUCAGAGGUUACAAUGAUUUUAAGGUUGAGAGAUUAUGUGUUGACGGCAGUUGAUAAUUUAUUGUGUUCCAGAUGCUUCACCCAUCACUGUUAUUUAUGCUAAACCUACGUGUUAUCCUUGUUACCUUUGCUUCCUACGAAACUUAUUCCUAUUUCCAUUCAUACUUCGCGACCAUAAAAUUUGAUUUGUAACCAUCUUUUACGCUAAAACACAUUUAUUUGGAUAUAUCAAAAAAUGCCUAUUGGAUAUGUAAACUGUAACUACAACGAAUCCGCAAAUGUGGCGAGUGAAGCAUCUCAGCAGGAACCUUACGAACGUUACUGGCUAACGUUUGUAACGCUCUGUAAAUAAUGUAGAAAUAGUCACUAUACUUAACGAGAUAUUAAUGUGGGAGUAACGGGGUACGUAGAAUAAGAGGGGCAUCGCCGGGAAGCCGUGAUGACGGUUCGGGUGGAGAAUUAUCAUUAGGAUAAAUGCCCUUCCAACAGGCUGGAUCUGUACGAUCACGGAAUCCGCGACUAUCAAAAUUAUUUAAGGAUCCUUACGUAUUAACUUUGAAAGCAUUAUAAAGAUACAAAUUAUAUUUCAUAUACGUAUAGAACAUAAUAUUUAUUUAAACUAAUAGUGACUAACUUUAUAUUAACUAUAAAUCAUUCAACUUUAUUUUCAGUUGAUCAGUCAUUUUAAUCACCUUUGCGACUACAUCAUCUUAAGGUGCUUCUACAUAAUUCGCAAAUCGCAAAACGUAGUUCGCAAACGCAGACGCAGAUUUGCGUUUGUUUUUUCAUUGCAUGCAAUUGGUUUUCGUCUGUGUGUGUCUUGUGUGCGGUGAUCGUCAUUCUGCGUUUGCGAAGUACGUUUUGCGAUUUGCGAAUUAUGUAGAGCACCUUUAUACGUAUCUUACUCUCUAAAUUGUUUGAAGUGAAAUCUGACUGCAAAGAGUAAAAAUUGAACCAGUUGAAAAAAAGUGGCUCACUUUUUAAUCUUUAAAAGUAACAUUUCACUUUUUAGAGUGUCUCACUCUAAAAAGUUUAGAGAGUAUCUUUUUAUUUAGUUUUUCAUUGUUUAAAACCGGAGACAAAAUAUAAUAGUAAGAUAAACAAUUUUGUAAAAGUGUAACACGAUUAAUUGUGAUUGCAAAUGAACGAAUUUCCCUCGACAGAUCCAGGCUCUUAAAACAGUCUUUUAGUUAGGAAGUGAUUUCGCGCAUGUGCCGCGAACAGCCUGAAAUUGCUCGUUUCAUUACUGUUCUGUCAGCCUAAAAUUAAAAUUGAUGAAAGUAUUGGAGUGAUAUUGGCGCGGUUAUUCAUAUUUAACAUAAAGAACGUAACAAUGUCCAAAGUGCGACAGUAUCGUUUACCUUUAGAGGACUGCGGUUUAUUUUUAAAUUAAAAUCUUACAGCUCUUUCUUGACCAUUUGUUAUAAUUCAUUAUUUCUUGUCUCAUAAUGUAACACUUUUUUAGAGUCACUAUAAUGGCUUCCUCAUCCUGUAAAGGUUAAUGAUUGUCAUUCUUCUUUCAGCUGCAUCAGCUUACAUCAGCAUAUUUAUUUUUUUAACCUUGCGUUUGCGCUAUCUUUCUAAAUUCAGCGACAUCCUAAAUUGAUUUGUCUCGAAGGCACAGACGUAGGCUGACAUUUUAUCAUUAAUAUAUGCGCAAUGCAUACGGCGCAACAAUAGCUGUACAUUUAUUCAUGGUGCCUCAAUUUUCUAUAGAUAUGUUUACAUGCAACUCACAAUUAACGCUUAACUCGUUCGGUCAUACAAACAGAUGCAGAAACAGAGUAGGUCCACAGCCUUGCUUUAAGAGGGCUUAAGUCAUAAGUCGAAAGUGAUUAAGUGACAAUAAUUUCUGUCUUUAAACUUUUCGCGCAGAUUUAGGCUUUAACCGUUAGACUUAAGCGAAUUGAGCAAAACUCAAUUCUUACGGCCUAAAAGCAUAAGUUCUGUGGCCGAUAUAUCAUCACUUACAAGCUUACGGCCUCUUAAAAUAAGAUCGUGGGCUUAGCCUUACUUAGAUAUGCGAGAUCGCAAACGCGCGUGCGUCGUGCCUUAUAUCUAUAGAUAAAAUUUUCCUGAUACAUUUCGCUAAAUACACUCGUCAGGAUCACUGAGACACGAAAUACUCAAUAGCGUAAUCGUGAAAUGCACUUAAUUCGCCGACUUAAUGCAAAAGAGAUGUAGCGUGGAUUAAUGAAUUUUUCAGUUGGUAUUGCCAAGAGAAAGGAAAUCCAUUUUUCUACUGUCAUAAAAAAA